AUGGAUCUUGCUGUGGUUUUGUUUGAAACAGCGACACUUCGGUCAGGAUAUCUUUUACCAGACACUAAGGCAUAUGGAGAUAGAAUAGAAAGAAUGCUUCGCCUCAGUUUGAACAUUGACCCUGAUGCAAAGGUGGAAGAAGAACCCGAGGAAGAACCUGAAGACACCAUAGAAGACACCACAGAAGACACUGAGCAAGAUGAAGAAGAAAUGGAUGUAGGCACAGAUGAAGAGGAACAGGAACCAGAAAAGAAAUCAACAGCUGAAAAAGAUGAAUUUCUGCCCGCUCUGUCCGGGGUGAGACUUUGUGUCUCUGACCUGAAAUGCCUGUCUGGGAGGAGGAAACAGUGUGGGGCCUGCGGCAGGACUUUGUACCACGCAGAAGAAGCGGAGUGCAAUGGGAGGAGCUUCCACUGCUACCGCUUCCUGUGCUUUGUUUGCAGUAAAAGUUUAGCUAGCACAACAGUGGCAAUUCAUGAGGAAGAGAUCCACUGCGAAUCCUGCUAUGGAAACAAGUAUGGGCCCAAAGGCUACAGUUAUGGCCAGGGUGCAAGCACAUGCAACAUGGACCGUGGUGAGAGACUGCCUCAAGCUAGAAAGUGUUCGCACAGACCUAAAACAAAUCAGGAAUAUAAAGGUGCUAAGUGUUGCAGAUCUGGGGAUUCUGUGUAUGCUGCUAAGAUAAUUCGGGCUGGAAAGCUCUGGCACAAAAACUGUUUCCAAUGUGCAAAAUGUGGAAAGAGUCUUGAAUCAAUAACUCUGGCUGAGAAGAAAGGUGAAAUCUAUUAUAAAGGUUGUUAUGCAAAGAACUUUGGGCCCAAACAAUUUGGUUAUGGCCAAGGAGCUGGAGCUCUUGUUCACACUCAGUAA